ACUACUGUUUCACUCAUCCAGUACCCUGACGAGGACCUAUUGUGUGAAAUGAUCAUUACAGCCACUAGGUACAUUCGUCAGAAACGACGUGGCUCGACUCCCCCUCCGCCAGAGCAGCCCUGUCUGCAUCGCUCACAAGUUCACCAUCACAAGCCAGCUAUUGCGGGCAAUGAAGAUCUCGAGUCUUCGGCGCAUAGAACGACCACCUACUCAGCUGAAGCACUCAAUCCUACAGAGCUCAAUGAGAAAUGCAGUAUCUGUCAUGAGCAGAAGCGCCAGCGGCGCAUGUAUCGACUGAGGCUCAUCGCCGGUCUCUCGCUGCCGUUCAUCCUGUCCACCCUGGACUUGACUAUCGUGGCCACUGCAACCACCGUCAUCGCGUCGCACUUUGACCAAUUCGAUGAGCUGAACUGGAUCGUCACCGCCUUCAGCCUGACAUCGACGACCUUUAUCCCGAUCUUCGGUCAGUUAGCCGACGUCUUUGGGCGGCAUUGGGUAUUGCAGACGGCGCUCUUUCUCAUGCUUAUUGGGAGCGUGCUGUGCGCAGCGGCACAGACAUGGGGCAUGCUGCUGCUGGGCAGGGCGUUGCAGGGCACCGGAUCCGCGGGGCUGGGGAAUUUGAUCAUGAUCAUCCUGGCGGAUAAGGUCUCGUUGAAGGAGAACGCACGGAACAAGUCUUUGUUCACGCUUGUUGGAGGUGUGGGAUACGCGGUGGGUCCUAUUGUCGGAGGGUAUCUAACUCAAACGAACUGGAGAUACUGUUUUGUGGUUCCAAUUCCGAUUGCUGUACUGAGCCAUAUUCUGGUCUAUGCGUUGCUACGACACGACCUUGUCGAGGGGUCCAUGUUCAAAAAGGGCUCCAGAUGGUCAUCUGUGCUUCCGGCUCUUGUGACAGUGGAUCUCGGAGGAUCAAUUCUCUUUAUCUUUGGGGUGGGCCUCAUCAUCCUGGCGACUACCUGGGGAGGUGCGACAUACUCGUGGUCGUCAUUUCAGGUUCUGGCGCCGUUGAUCGUGGGCUCAAUCUGUUUCGUGGCAUUUUUCCUGUACGAGUAUCUGCUCGAGCCUGGCAGACUGUUUGCCAGAAUAUUCCCAAGGCAUGUUGCAGUGUUGCCCUACAGUCUCUUUGAACGGAGAGAUACGAUCUGGCUGGCAAUCCUGAACUUCGCGACGGGAGCAGCGUCAUACUCCAUCUUCUACUUCAUCAGCAUCUACUACAUCCUCGUGGCAGGAUACUCCACGUCGAAGUCCGGACUCGAGCUUCUAUACUACAUUCCGGGUCUAGGAGGAGGCGUCUACUCCGCCGUAUACAUGUGCAACAUUUCCCCCCGACAGACCUUCUUCCCUCUCACCUUGGGUGCAGUCCUCAGCACCCUCGGGCUGGCGGUAAUCUCCUACGCCAUCAGCGCCGAGAACACCAGUCUCCUCUGCGGCAUGAUGGUCGUCACCGGAGCGGGCAUCGGACUACGGCUGGUCCCCUCCUCGCUGCACACCGUGGGUGUCUGGCCCGAGAGGCUCGCCCCCGCCAUGUCCCUGAUGCAGGUCUCGUUGCCGUUCGGCGGCACCAUCGGCCUGACUAUCAUGACCAGCGUGUUCAACAACAAGUUCGGUCACUCCGCAGCCGUCCAGGGGCUCAGCGGUGGCGGCGGCACGACGCUGAACGUCCACGACCAGAGUCCCCUGUCCAUGCUGGAUGGGCUCUCAGCUGCUGCACAAGAGGCGAUCCGGGUCGCAGGGAAGGACGCGAUCAUGUGGGCGUUCAUCGCGAUUCUCCCGAUCAUGGGCGUGAGCUUGCUGACGGGGUUGAUCAUGGGAAACGUAUGGGUGAAUGUGGCGGGCGCGGAUGGGGGAGAAGCGCGGAGCGAGGUGAUCCACGAGCCCUAUCUAUGGGCAUUAGCCACGGGCAAUCUCAAGUCCUACAAACAGCCCAGCAAGCCUACAUCAAACCCCGCCGAGCAACUUACAUCGCACAUACAAGCAUGAUAGAGCCGAACUGCACCCAUGAAUUAGAUACCUUCAAU